AUGGUCUCCAUUACUCAAUACACCUACCCGAUUCGCCCACUACCUAUACGACCUAUUCGUACACAGUCAUCAAGCAAGGAUCUUCAGUGGACCUCUACGUAUGACAGCGUAUUCAGCCAGUACAUCCAUGCCGAAGGACUAGAGGCCGCGACAUGCAACCCUGCUGCGCUUGCAUAUCCGACUGCAGCAUUGAACGAACCAUCACCUGUGGUUCCAAGUAUCUAUCCCGAGCCAUCUCAGCACAACAGACUGUGGAGUGCGAAUUCAUUCGAUGCAAAGGACAUCUACCAACCUUCGCCGACUUUCAGCUCCUGGAUGGGCGAUGAAAGCGAGAUCAAUCUACAUCAUCCCAUGAUGUCCCAGCCAAUAGCAAGGAUACCGAUCUAUCAAAACGACAUGUCAACGUCAGGGCUGCGGAUAUGUUACAAUCCCACACUGGCUCCGUCACGAGUUGAGGAGACCGCGAGCGAGAUGUAUGUGAGCAGAUCAAGAAGAGUGUCACGCACACCAUCGACAUCACGUCGUCAACAACGAACACCUUCAUCGGGGACACGAUCGCCUCGGCGGCGUCAACGGCGAACACCCUCAUCAAAAGGUCACAGUCGCAAGUCAUCUGGACAGGUGCAGAGUCCGCGAGGAUCAUCAGGCAGUUUCGUGAACUAUACACCACACGAUAGCGAGAAGCUGUUGACCGGAGUGGCACCUUCGGGCAGUAGCAAGACCAAAGCGCGACGAGAAAGGGAAGCAGUGGAGAAACGGCGAAGGUUCAGCCAGGCAGCGCUGAAAGCAAUGGUCAAAGCAGGGGGUGACUUAGCGGAGCUGCGAGAUGCAGGGCUGAUGAUCGGAUAG